CUGCUGGGUUCUUGUGAUAGUGCAAGAACAAAUAUCUUGCUCCUUGCACAGUCUGAAAGCCUUCAUUUUCAUGUUGUAGGAGCUCAUUUGACUCAAUUAUUCUCCAUUUACAUCAUAAUCUGAAGCAUUUCAGCAUAUUACGGAUUAAACUACCUUUGCUUCAUUUGAUGGACGUGAGGAACAGCAACCAACAUUCUUUAGUCGUGUCGUCUCACAGCUUUUCUGAUGUUUUCCCUUCCGUCGCCAUCGUGGACUCCGUGUCCCCCCCGCACAUGUAGAAGAUUUGGACCCAACAGCCCACAUUUACCCCAUGCAGAGCUCUAAAGCACAGCAGCAUCUCCUCAGAUCAAUCCUGUUAUGUAACGUCAUUACAGAUAUGAUGGAAAAACAAUUUGCUCCACUGCGCAGCAUUUAAUUCCUCUCAGAUAUUGAACAUUGGAAAACAGUAAAAACCUCACUGGACGCACGCAUCUCACAUCUGAGCAGAUUAAAAUCUUGCUUGGGGCUGAAACGGCGAGCUUCCAGCUGUGCAAGAAACCUAAUCCUUCAGAUUAAAUCGGCCCGAGCGGAAGGUGAUCCGUGCUCUGCUCCUGAGGCCGGCCGAGGCCACAGAGCUGCGCUCCGUGCAGGUUUGGCUGAACCGUCCUGACCUUCCAUAUGCUGCAGACUGUGCCCAAAUGGAGGCUUAAGCCUCACGGCGUGCUGCAGGAAAACAGCAAGUCAUGCCGGACAUCUGCCAUGGUUCAGGAGAACUUGCAGUAAUUAUGUGGACCUCAUCUGCUGCAGCCUCAUCAGGGGGAAGGCCUGAAUCGUGGGGGAUUAGUCUCCAGCUCUCGCUCUCUUGGCCUAUUUUCAGCAUCGCUCGCCCUGCGCCCGAUUCCAGCUGCUUCUGACUGCAGACAUGAGCACGGGCGGUGGCAUCCAUCGAGGUUUCCUCAAAAAAUACGGCGGCUUCAUGUUCAAGCAGUGGAAGGAGAAGUACCUGGUGCUGACAGUAGAGGGCAGCCUGCUGGUGUGUCGGGAUGCGGAGUCCCCUCCGGACCAGGUGGUGUCACUACAAACCUGCUGUGAGUCGGUGGCCGAGGGCCGAGAGAUCCUGGACCUGCCCAGGCUGCCCCCAGGGGGCAGGAGAGACUGCUGCUUCGCCCUCAUCCUGCCCCAAAACAAAUUCCUGCUGCUGCUGUCAGACAGCCCUGACGACUGCAGUCUUUGGCUGCGACUCAUCAGGAAGGUGAGAGAGGGCGUAAUGUCACCCCAAACCCUGCAAAGACAGCGCAGCAUCACUCCCUGCAUCACAGACAGAGACCCGCUGCCCGACUCAGCGAGCGAUAAGGACCCCGGCUCACCCAGGGUGGGUGAGGGCACCCCGCCUUUGGCCCGGGUCACCGAGAGGGGAGGCUCAUUCAGAGACAGAAGCCAAGUCCCAGCAGCCAGCGGGGGGAGGCGGCCACUGCGCAGUGUUUCCGUGGCUCCACCGCAUCGUGUCUCGGAUUGUCUUCGCCAUGGCAACAGCACAGACGCUCGGGCCGUGAGGGCCGUGUGUCUGCUGAUGGGAGGGGCGGCGGCCUCGUCGGCUCUGGGCUACAUCAGCUCCUGCGGCCCCUCCUCACCCCUCGCCACUAGAGGGCCGGAGAUCGCCCAGGGCGCGGGAGGCUUCUCCGAGCUCUCCACCGGGGGCUCGUUCCACGCCUGCAGCCAGGACGUGGACUCCCCCCACUUCAACAGCUUUGAUUUCGAAGGAGACUCUGACUUUGAUGCAUUUGACUGUGGAGGAUUCGCCUUUUAGGGGGAGAGACUGUCGUUCUGAUGGUCAGACGUGUUUCUCUUUAUCUACAUCAACAUUUGUUAAACGUAAGAAUGACUUUAAUGAUGGUGUUCAGCCUGGCUCCUGCUUCACAUUUAUUAUCUUGACUCCUCUGAACUCUGCCUGUUACAUGUUUAAUGUCUCAUGGGAAAAUACUGCUGUGGAAAAAAGUCUGUACACCCUUUUUAGGUGUAAAAAUGACAGAAAAUUGAUCAGUUUAAAAAGAAAAAACCUUUUAGAAGAAAAACUGUUGUUUUAAGCUAAAGUUGGACUUUUUGGAGACAGAAAUAAAUUAAGAGCACAUAUUUUUGGAGAAAAGAUUUUUUUUCUGUUUCAUGCUAAACAUGUGUGUGUUGAUGUUGAUGAUGUCAUCAGUUUUAGUUGUGUUAAACAAACUUUCCCUGGUUUCAUUUGUCUGUGGUUCCUCAACAAUCGUUGAAACACAAAUUAAAUUAAGAUUAGGAUUUUUUUUACAUUUUCCUUUUUAAAGAUAUUAACAUUUAAAAAUUUUCUGAACACCUUCGGUACAAUAAUCAGGUAAUUGUUUGGUGUUUUAUGCACAGAGAUAAUGGCCUCCCACAAUAAAAAUGAUAAAAUCUAAAUCAAUAUUAUUCAGAAUAAAUGUUUGCUUUCUACUUUCUGUUUUACAAAUGUAUUUGUCAUUCCAGCAAUGCCACCUGCCCCCCCUAACAGCUACCCCAAUUUCUCUGUUAUGACCCAGAAGUGACAUAAAGGAGUGUUAUAGAGGGAAUGCAGUAUAAAGGUGGUGUUUACAUGAAGAGACUCCGCUCUGCUCUCCAGGCUGCAGGUCAAAGAGCAGACAUGUUUCUGCAGCCAUGCCUGUUGUUUUCUGUCGACUCCUUGCAAUCCGGUUUGUUUGGUCAAUGUGAGAUGGAGCCCCUUGUGACUAAACUUCACAGUUCAUUGUUUUAUCUGCUGCUUCUGUUUGCUUUUGGGGGUAUUUUCUGUUUGAAUAGACAGGACUUGCUAGAAUAAAUAUCUUUUGGGUAUUUCAAAGGUUAAUUUUAAGAAUUUUGAAAUGAAAUGCUCAGAGAAACUGACCUGUAUUAGUAGUACUUUCACUGGUCAUUCAUAUCUUUAUACGGGCCGUAAAAUGAUAAAAGCUGCAGCCUGAAAUCCAGACCAAACCUGUUAAACGCGUAAAAGAAAAUACCUUUUAGAGAAACUGUGACAGAAGUCUUCGGCUAGUUUUAGGACAGUAAAGACUCUUCUACAACAUGUCCUUUCAGGCGGAAUGAUUGUUUCUGCUGAGGGAAAAUUACAUAUCAAUCACCUGCGGUUUGUUUGUCGCUUCCUGUUUAUUUUAAAUGUUCUUUCUUUUAAGAAUUCAGCUGUUGUCAGGCAGAUGUGACAGACUUAAAAAGCGUGAACGCUCACCUUUGCUUAGCAGUAUUUUGUUAACAAAAGACUCCUGAUAAUAAACCUGUUUUUAAACCUCU